AUGGCCGCCUUCGAGAUCCACGACGAAGAUUUAUCUAGCUUGAGAGGUCAAACGAUACUGAUCACAGGCGCUGCCUCUGGCAUUGGCUUGGGCACCACGAAGCUCCUGCUCGAAAAGGGCGCCUAUGUCGUAGCUGGCGACAUGAACGAGCUGCCCAUCGAGCACGAACGCCUCACAUCUCUUCGAACAGACGUCACAUCCUGGGCAAACCUAUCUGCUCUUUUCAAACUUGCAAAAUCCAAGCACAACAAGAUCGACGGCGUGUUCGCCAACGCUGGCAUCUCCGGUCGUACCACAUACCUCGACGAAAAACUGGACGAGAACGGUGACUUGUUAGAGCCAACACAUCUCGUCCUCGAUAUCAACCUGAAAGCUGUCGUGAAUACUGUAGCACUUGCCAUCCACUAUAUGCGGAGACAGGACUCAGGUGGAAGUAUCGUCCUUACAGCCUCCGCAUCGAGUUUCCAGAGAUUUCGGGCCGUUGACUACACUACUGCAAAACAUGGCGUGUUGGGACUGAUGCGCGGACUGGUGCCGAUAUUACAGCCCGACAUUCCAAUCCGGUUGAAUGCCAUUGCACCCUCGUGGACGACUACUGGCCUUGUACCUGAAGGGUUCAUCGAGAAGGUUGCGGGUAUAGGCACACAAACUCCCGCAGUGGUGGCCAGGUCCGUGGCUAUUUUAUUCGCUGACAGCAGACGAAAUGGACAACUGAUAUACUCAGUCGAAGGCAAGUAUAGUGAAGCGGAAGGGACUCUUCUCAAAGCUGCCGUUGAUAUUGUGGGUGAGGCGAAUGAGGACAUGGUGAUGGCUAAACUACUGAAGGCAAUGAGCGGCUUUGGUGUCUCGGCAGAGAAGAAGGAAGAAGAUCGUGCUGCUAGCUAG